AUGGACUUUGUCGUCUUUUUAAGCCCGAAGAAACAUUUUUUCUUGAGAUUGAACGCCAAACGAGCUAACGUAUUACCUGAUGCUCCAGCCAGGAGACGCUCCGGACAACAAGGAUUGCGCGACAAACCAGCUACCAUAAACCAGGGUCUACGGAUGGCGAGUAAAGGCAACAGGCCAGGCCAAAACCAAAACCUAACGCGCGCCUUGAAGUACCAUCAGAAUACCAUAGAUGUGGUCCACUGGAGCCUGAUGAUCCAGGGUCACAGAGACUCAUUUAACAUAAAGACCACUGAUGGAUUUUUAAUCAUCAAGGCUAGCACAGGAGUAGCAGCAGUCUGGGCCUUCAACUAUUACCUCAAGAAAUACUGUAAGAGCCAAAUUGAAUGGCAGACCCAGAACAUUAAUAUUCCAAGCGUCCUACCAUUCGCAGAUGAAACAGUUAUAGCAAAUGACCGAUUCCGAUACUACCAGAACGCGUGCACCGUAUCUUAUAGCUUUGUCUGGUGGAACAUCAACGAUUGGAAGAAGCACAUAGAAUGGAUGGCUUUGAAUGGAAUCAAUUUGACAUUGGCGCCUGUGGCUCAGGAAGCUAUUUGGGCGCGGAUAUACAGCAAACUUGGCAUUCCAAAAAAAGAAAUAGAGAAACAUUUCACCGGGCCAGCGUUUUUAACUUGGCUGCGAGCUGGCAACAUUCAUGGCUGGGGCGGGCCACUGCCAACCUCGUGGCAUAAGCUACAAUCACAGAUACAACUAAUUGUUAUUGACACCUUCCUGAAUCUUGGCAUUGUGCCUAUAUUACCAGCGUUUAAUGGCCAUGUACCUGUAGCAUUCUCCCGGUUAUAUCCAAACGAAACGUUCUACACUGUGAAGCCAUGGAGUAACUUUGGUUUCGACUACUGCUGCGGUUUAUUUGUUAAUCCGCUUAGUCACAUGUUUACAAAAUUAGGUAUAAUGUUCCUAGAAGAAAUGGGUGGCAUUCCAGGUUGCCACUUAUACACAUCGAAUCCGUUCAAUGAUGUUAUUUUAUCUGACUUCAAUACAGAGUUGGCGGUAAACACAGCUGAAGCAGUUUUCACAACGCUAACAGAAUUCGAUCCUCGAGCCGUUUGGGUUGUGCAAAAUUCUAUGUUUGAUAAUAAGUGGCCAAAUCAAAGAGUUGAGGCAUUUUUAGACGUAGUGCCGAAUGGAAGAAUUCUUAUCCUUGAUCUGCAGUCAGAAAGGUUACCAAAAUAUUACAUUUUGAAUAUGUAUUAUGGUCAGCCGUUCAUCUGGUGCAUGUUGCACAACUUCGGCGGCACACUGGGCAUGUUCGGCAACAUGGUCACUAUAAACAAGGACGUGUACGAAGUGCGGUCGCAGGCUAACAGUACCAUGAUCGGCAUCGGCCUCACUCCCGAAGGAAUCAACCAGAACUAUGUGGUGUAUGACCUGAUGCUGGAGUCUGCCUGGCGCAAGUCUCCCGUCGAGGAUCUCAAUGCGUGGGUCGCUGACUACGCAGAGCGAAGAUAUGGGUGCAAAGCCAAUGAAGCUUGGGAAUUCUUACUUAAAAGUGUAUACAGUUAUGAAGGAUUUGGGAAAAUAGAUGGGUCGUAUAUAACGACUAAAAAGCCGAGUUUUAACUAUAGCCCUUGGGCUUGGUACAAUAGUACUGAUCUGUAUCAAGCAUUGAAUAAUUUACUUUUCGUAAACAACAGCGUAUGUGAUUCUCAAGGAUACCGCUACGAUGUAGUGGAUCUGACGCGACAACUUUUGCAAUAUAAAAUCGAGCAGAUAUUUCUUAAACUGGUGAAUGAUCUGAACACUAGUAAGUUUCAGGGGACUGUAGAAAUGUUUUUGGAUGCAUUUGAUGAUAUGGCGAUGAUCCUAGCUACUGAUAGUAAUUUCUUAGCUACAAAUUGGUUUCAGAAGGCAAGAGAUUUGGGUAACACAACCGAGGAAGCGGAUUUAUUUGAGCAAAAUGCUUGGAAGCAAAUAACAACGUGGGGUCCUAAUGAACAACGUAACGACUACGCAUGUAAGCAAUGGUCAGAAAUGGUGGCGUUCUAUUACAGGCCGGGGUGGGCGAAAUUUUUGUAUGACACAAUCAAAGCUAGAAAUAGAAAUAGAGAAUCAACGAAACAAGCAGCAAAUGUGAAACUAAGACCAGUGUACAACACGAAGAAUGUUCUGCUACGCGGCAAAAGGCAGAAAAGUCCUUAUGGUAUGGCUCAGCGGUUAUACUACAAAUGGAGGUCGAUUCCUGGUCUUCAAGAUCUGCGUGUAUUUACCGCCUUGAAUACAGUUGAACCGAAAACUGCCAAAGGAGGAGAUAAUUAUGAAGCAGAUUACGUAAUGGAUAAUUAA